AUUGAAGAGCGCGACCCUGCUAUGCAAUUUUUUCUAGCAUCGCGUAACUUAACAUUUGUGCAUACAGUAAUGCCGGACGCCUCUGUGCUUGUGGAGGCCCCAGUGCCGGAGCUGCCGACAACUGUCUGGCUGCAUAUCUUCUCGUUUCUGCACGUGCCGGCGCUGCAGGCCGCAGCAAGGGUGUGCCAGGAAUGGAGCCGCAUGGUGGCCACGGAGGGUCUGUGGGAGGCCGUGGCACAGGCGACGUACCCGCCCCGCACACUGGUGCCGGCGGCGUACCGGGGCUCGUACCGGCGGCUGGUGCUGCACCGCAACAGCCGCAACGCAGUCGCCUUCAUCCCCCUGUGCCGCGGGGCUGCCGCCGGGACCGCCUCGGGUGAGACAGCGCCAGCACCGGCGCCGACAGGCGGCGGCGGCGCAGCCGCCGCCGGCGGUCGUGGCGGCGGCGGCGCCGCCGCCGCCGACGGCUUCUCUAUGGCGGCGGCGGCGGCGGCGGCGGCGGAUGGGGACGGUGUGAUUCGCAGCGCCUGGCGCUACAACCACCCGGCGGGCGACCGGUACUACGAGUGCCGCCUGCUGUCCAUGGAGAUGCAGCCGCGGCCCACACACACCUCGCCGCCCUACCUCAGGCUGUACUUCGACGUCCGCGGCGAGGUCGACCUGCGCGACCCGUCCAAAUCCAGUCUGUCGGUUGUACGGCUCAACCGCCGCCGCGACGUGCAGGCGGCGGCGGCGGCGCGGCGCGCCCGCCAUGCCGCAAUGGCGGCGGCGGGCUUGGGCGACGCACCCGGCGGCGGCGGCGGCGUGGGUGUGGGCUGGGGCUGGCGGGGGCAUGCGGAGGUGGACAGCGAAGUGGAGGACGACGAUGACAGCCGGUUUGGCUACGGCCAGGACAAGGCGCUCCUGGCCCUGAUCCGCAGCCGACGCGCUCAGGCGGUGCAGCUAGCUGACACAGUGGCGGCGCAGCUCAGGAGCCAGGCGGCGGCGGCGGCGGCGGCGGCGUCAGGGGGCCCACCACGCGACGGGGAGCCGCCGCCGCCGCCGGCGGCUGGCGCGGUGCUGCUGCUGCCGGGUGAACGCGAGCUGCUGCACCUGGCCCGCCGCGUGUCACGGGCGGUGGUGCUGCGGGAGGUAGAGGAGGGCAAUGACCUGGACCCCGACCACCUGGCGGCCUUGGAGCGGGCCACACUGCGCCGCGUGCUGCGCGCAUGGAGCAGCGCCCGCAGCGGGGAAGAGGCGGCGGCGGCGGCGGCGGCGCUUCUUACUGCCGCCGGCGCCGGCGCCGCUGCCGCCGACGGUGGGCACUGCGGCGACUGCGGCGGUGAUGGCGAGGAGGGCGGCGGCGGCGACGACUGGCCCGCCGCGCCCUUCUGUGUGCCCAUGGGUCCGCAGCCGCUGCGGCUGUUGGCUGCCGCACACGCCGCCGAGCCGCCCAGCUCCGUGGGCUUCAUGGCGCGCAGCUACCGCCAACACAAGGGUGUGCUGGAGUGGACGGGCGAGCCGCUGGGGCGGCUGCUGCGGGCGCUGCAGGAGCACGGCGGCGCGCUGAUGUUCUCGUACGCCUGCAACAUCAGCAGCCGGCAGACCUCCUUCCGGGCCGACUACUCGCCCGCGGUGCUGCUGGGGCCGCGGCUGAGGCCGGGCGCCCUGGCGGAGCAGUGGCGCGACGUGGCGGAGUUUCGCGAGCCGGGCGAGGAGUUUGUGCGGCUGCAGGCGGAGGGGGAUGAGCAGGAGCGCGCGCGCUGGCGGCCGGGGCUGCCGGCGGGGGUGCUGGCGCGGGGGGUGGCCUGGUGGGGGCCGCCGCGGCGGCACGGCGGGGCGGCGGGUGUGGGCGCUGGGGCGGAGGGCGAGGAGGACGAGGACGAAGAGGGUGUGGGCGCCGGGGUGUUGUGGCGGGGCGCCAACGCCCGAUAGGAUGCAGUCACUUUUGAAGUAGGUUUGCUGCAAUGAUGCUGACCUUCAGGCAACGCAUUGUUUUCAAGUCGGGUGGUAGCGUGAAGCUGUGUGCGCACCCACCUAUCAGGCCAUGCGCGGCAUGCGUCACUGCAAGACAAUUAAGUGGCAUCUGCCGUAUGGUCCAUCACACACACAUACACACCUGACACGACAUGCUGCAAAACCGCGCAUGCAGUCUGACGGCGGCGGGGCCUCGAGGGCGCCCGCCAGCAUGGAUACCGGUGAUGUGUUAAAACGCACAGUAAAGUUGGGGAUCUGUGUUGUGUGUGUGUGUGUGUGUGUGUGUGUGUGUGUGUGUGUGUACGGGUAUGUGUUAGAAAACGUAUGUGUGUGUGUGUGUGUGUGUGUGUGUGUGUGUCAGCACCACGUCUCAAUCACU